AUGAGUGUAAGCUUUCAACAUCCUAUAUCCUCAACAGUUUCGGAAUCCAAAGAAGAUGAAAUCUCUUCGGUUUGGUUUGAUUCGAAAAAAGCAUCACUACCAACAUCUAAAUCAUCGUUUUAUUUGGUGCCAGAGGGAGACGAUACAACCACUGCACCACCACCAACAAGACAAAGAGCAUCAAGCACAGCUAACAUGUCCUUCAUGGACCGAAUAUUUCAUUACUUUAAUAGAGAAGACGACAAUUUUGAAUAUAGAAAGAAUUCGAUGGGAAUGAGACUUAAAUUUGUUUAUUUAUUCUACUUUUUAAUGGUUGGAAGUUUGGGAUUUAUAUAUAUUGAUGGAGUUACUCAAACUAGAUUUGUAUUUUAUGUAUUGAUAGGAGCAGAGUUCAUCCUUAAUUCGCUGGUGAUUAGGAAUAUCGAAAGGAAUAUACCAAUGGCUAAGAAAGAGGCCCUGAAUAUGUUCAUGACACUCUUUUCGUGUGCUAAUAGAAUUGUACUUCAGGUGAGUAUUUUUGAUUAUAUUCGAAGAGUUUGA